GCGCAUGACAGGAAGUGCAUCCAGCAAUCUACUGAAGUCAGUCGGCAGAAAUUGUCGGCCUGUCAUCAGAAAAAACUGGAUCAUAUCGUGGAUUUUCUAUGCUUUUUCUUUCUAUGUGUAGUAUUUCAUAAGAGAGGGACAUCAUGUCGCAAACGCCAAGUGCAGAGAUUUCGAGGAAAAAUCCUCUGGAGGAUUUUGAGCUGCUGCAAAGAAUAGGUAGCGGAACGUACGGUGAUGUUUACAAGGCUCGGAUGACCGCAGCUGGAACUCUCUCUGCCAUCAAGGUUAUAAAGAUAGAGCCAGGUGAUGAUUUUACUAUCAUCCAACAAGAGAUCUUAAUGAUGAAGGACUGUCGCCAUGCAAACAUCGUAGGAUACUUUGGGAGUUACCUUAGAAGAGAGAAACUAUGGAUUGCUAUGGAAUACUGUGGAGGUGGAUCACUCCAGGACAUCUAUCACAUGACUGGACAUUUGGCAGAAUUGCAGAUUGCUUAUGUGUGCCAGCAGACACUGACUGGAUUAGCUUACAUGCAUACACUUGGAAAGAUGCACAGAGAUAUCAAGGGUGCCAACAUUCUACUGACUGAUGAUGGAGAUGUCAAACUUGCUGACUUUGGAGUCUCAGCGCAGAUCACACAGACGAUAGCAAAGAGAAAGUCGUUCAUUGGCACUCCUUAUUGGAUGGCCCCUGAGGUGGCUGCUGUGGAAAGGAAAGGGGGCUAUGACUUCCAGUGUGACAUCUGGGCAGUAGGUAUCACAGCCAUUGAACUAGCAGAGCUUCAGCCACCAAUGUUUGAUCUACAUCCAAUGAGGGCUUUGUUUCUGAUGUCAAAGAGCAACUUUGUUCCACCGAAGCUGAAGGAUAAGAACAAGUGGUCGCCGAUAUUCCAUGCAUUCAUCAAAACAGCACUAAUCAAGAAUCCAAAGAAAAGGCCUACUGCCAGUAAACUUCUUCAGCAUCCUUACUUCCAAGACAACAUAGACAGGCUGACUGAGCAGACGAUGAGGCAACUGUUAGAGAAGGCUCGUAAUGUCAACCCAGGCUAUUCACCCAUAGAAGAUGAUGAUGAUGAUAGGUUAGAUGAACAGGCACUAGUAAACGUGAAAAAGAGAGUAUCAUCUAAGAGGACAGACCAGAAGGACAGACCUGCUUCAGAAAUCAACAUGGACUUUGUGAAGAAGGUGAAAGAGGUUCCCAGGAUGCCACCUGAUGAUGAUGGCAUGCUCGGGGAAGGUAACUACCAAGGAGCACAUGAAUGGACCCCAAGCAACGCAGAAACAGAGGGAAGAAAGAGUUUACUUGCUUCCGUUGAGGAGGAGCUACAAAAACGGGGUCAUCAGACCAAUGAUUUCAAAGGGGCUGAAGAGAACACAGAGGAGGGCAAACACUAUUACGAUAUGUUGGAUGCAGCGUCCGAAAGUGACACAUUACCACACAGUGAUCGACCUCCACCUCUUCCACCUAAGCAAAAGUCAGUGAAGUUCUCAGCAUCAAAUGGAACUGCAUCCAACGCAUCAACAAGAGAAAGCGCCCCUCCAUCAGUGCCCCCAUCCAAACCAAACAGACCGCAGCAACAGAAGAUGAUGAAUGGAAGAGCCCCCACCACAGAAGGAGAGAACACAGAAGAUAUCGAUAAUAAACCGCCGAUCGUUCCACCCAGGAGGAUACGAAAUGAAUUCUUAGAACCACCGCCCCAGCAAGCUAGCAAUGGACUUCCUCCAACACCAAAAGUCACUAUGGGAGCUUGUUUCUCCAAGGUCUUCAAUGAGUGUCCAUUAGUUAUACAUUGUUCAGCAAGCUGGGUUCAUCCAGAAACAAGAGAUCAGUACAUUAUAUUUGGUUGUGAUGAGGGUAUCUACAUGUUCAACCUCACUCAAAUUCAUGAAGGUGCUAUGGACCAGAUGUUUCCUCGGAAAACAACAUGGUUAUAUAUCAUCAACAAUAUCAUGAUGUCAUUAUCAGGCAAGAACCCCAGUAUCUACCAACACAACCUGGUUGCAUUGGUGGAUAAGAACCCUCAUAGGUUUCACAUGCCAAGCAGAUUUGGUGAGAAGCUCCAGAGAAUACCAGACAAGCUAGUACCUAGGAAGUUUGCACUCAGUCAUAAAGUACCAGACACAAAAGGCUGUACAAAGUGUUGUGUUGUGAGGAAUCCAUACAAUAGUCAUAAGUACUUAUGUGGAGCUCUGCCUGCGGGUGUGGUAUUACUGCAGUGGUAUGAACCCAUGAACAAGUUCUUACAAGUAAAGGUGUUUGACUGUCCACUGCCACCAGAGAUCAAGGUAUUUGAAAUGCUCAUCAAACCGGAUGCCGAAUUCCCUAUUGUGUGUGUUGGAGUAGCAAGAGGGUUGGACAGGUCACACCUAACGUUUGACGUUGUAAAUCUGAACUCAACGAGCAGCUGGUUUGUAGAGCACCCUCCGACGGAGAAGCUUCUCGACGUCGUAUGUGUGUCUCAGAUCGAACGAGACACUGUCCUGGUCUGCUUCGACAGUGAGCAUGCAUCGGCCAAGCUCCGCGGUGAAGUGAAGGUCGUUAACCUGAACGGCAGACCGAGGAACAGCAAGAAACUGCUGACUGAACUGCACUUUGACUUUGCUGUGGACAAACUAGUAGUACUACAAGACAGUGUGCUGGCCUUCCAUCGGCAUGGCAUGCAGGGAAGAAGCUUCAGGUCAAAUGAGGUGACGCAAGAGAUCUGUGAUAAGAGCAAGCUGUUCACCCUACUUGGCCAUGAGAAGCUCACUGUACUCAAGAGUCAUCCCCUCUCUGAUCCUACUGCACCAUGCAAUAUCUAUCUACUCACAGGCCAUGCUAACAUGAUGUGAAGAACACGCCUACAUUGUGCACCGCCUGAUGAGGCACGCAAAUAUAUAAUGUGAACAUUUUGUUUGAACAUUCUGCUUCCCAUCAGGAGGACACAUAGUCAGUGUGAUGCAUUGAAUGUGCACUGGUCAGCAGAUAGACAUGUUACGUCUAGGAUGGACAUGAUAGUGGAUUAACAUGAUGAUGACGGAGUGAUGAGAGAGAGAGGAACUGUUAGGCCUAGAAGCCAUUGUGUGUGAGAAUGGAGUCAUUCUUAGCAGCAGCUGGACAAUGCUAGACGAUGAUGCUCUUUCUGUGCCCUUGAGGAAGGAAUGUAUGCCUGGAGAAUGCUGGUUUAUUGAGAGCUAUGGAGCUCAGUCAAGAUGAUAUCAUCCCAUCCCUCCUCUAUAUCAUUUCUUCAUUGCAGGGUUUGACUUUGAAAUCCCAAGCAUUUCAUACAUUGUAAAAUCUUGUAACUGUAACAGAAAGUAUAUUGUACAUGAGGUUUGUUUUACUGGCUAGAGUAAAUUAUAACAUAUACUAUAUUGCUAUUCAUGACAUACCUAAACCAACAGUAAAUGAUGUAGAAGACAUUGUCAAAAUGGAAGCCCUUUAUCAAUUCUUUGGAAAAUACAUUGCAUAUAUACUGUUCCUACGGAGGCAUUUUGAUGUUAUACUAGGGUCCGAUAUUGUAGACAUUUUGAUUGCUGUCUCUCUGAAUAAACUUGCUGAAAUAUGAUCCUAUUGCUCUAAUAAAUCUGUAAAUUGCAUGUUUAUCCGAAAAGAAAAGGUAACUGAUGGCUUAUCAGAAGCUAGUCAACUGCUCAAAUACAUAGUUAUGAUUGAUGAUGACAAGAAUGAGUUCUUUUCCAAUAACAUCCCUAUUUGAAUAGAUGCUGUAUAGACAGCAUGAGUUUUUGAUUUAAGGCUUUAAUUUUCCCUUGGGUUGCGGCAGAUGAAUAUAACAAGUGUUAAGAAUUAGCUGAUAACUGUUCUACCUUUGGAUAUAAAAGGAUAUGAAGUAGCAUGCUGCACAAAGGAGCACAAUAAAAAUAUUACUUAGACAAAUAGAUUUGAUUUUCCUUCUAUUAAAGUGGCCCUAUGUUUUAGCCAUUAUCAAGGAGAAGAAAGCAACAAAGAAGUGUCACUCUUCAGGUAUUGAUCAGAAUAGUAAACUAAAAUGGAAAGCUCUUUCAGACUUUUCUGUGGUCAGUUCAUAGACAUAUAACAUCAUUACAUGAAGUUUCUCUGUACCAUGUACAAGUACUGCAAGAUUUUGGAAAUAUGUACACUUUACUUUGGUAUUGGAGAGAUAAACAGUACAUAAAUGAGAAUGAAUUGGCUAUUAUUCAAUACUUAUACAAUCUAUCAUUUCCCAUUUGUCUGUAUAUUUGUGUGAAUGUGUUACCCACAUUACCUAGUGAUUAGUGUUAACCUUGGUAUGUUCACACAUGAGGCUGGAAGCUGCUGCACUGUUGUUGUUUUCCUUCUAACAUGUAAAUGACAAUUGAAGAUAAACAAAGUAUCUGCUCAACAAAGGUCCUGUUUAUACUCAAUAUCUGUCAGAUAUAGGAUACAGAAAUGUGAAAUAUUUAGUGCGUCACUUGCGUCAUUAUUAAAACAAAACAAAAUGCUGCAGUUUGCUGCCUCAUAUGUGUACAAGCUUUUAGUGUCAGCCUUCAGUUUAAUAUGGUGUAUCCUUUUAUGACAGAAAUUUUGCCCUGUAAUUGUUCAAUUUAUUCUCCUUUGUGUCAGCGCAAAAACCAAUCCAAUCCUGAUUUUUGUGAAAGUAUACAUAUCUAUUCAUCUUUGCCUUCCAAUGUAUUGUAAUUAAUUUUUUUAAACCAACUAUCUUUUUUUUCUUCAUAUAAAUUGUAGGGUUCUAUCUAUGCAUUUUUCACACAAGGACUUUUCUUCUUCCAGUUCAAUAAGGAUGCUUAAUAGGUAAUAGGAACCAAGAGCUUUGUUUUUAAAAAAUGAACAGUUUGUUGGUUGACUGUCUCCCACAAUGUGCACCAACAAAUGUCUCUUCGAAGCCAUUUCCAUCUGCAUACCCUAUUUGUAAAAAUGACAAUCAAAAAUUUAAAGAAAAAAAAAGAGUAUAUUAUUAUUGUCCUGCACAUUAUUUUAUUCCUUUACCAAAAAUAAUAAAGUAAGGAUAAAGCAGUUUAUAAAAAACAGUGAACUUGAUAGUUUGCAUAUGAUAUUCCUUUGCACAAUAUUGCACAUCUAUUUUUAGAAUACAUUAAGCAAAAAAUUCCUUUAUUAGUCCUCAAGCCUAUUUUUUUUCUGUAUUACUACAAACAUCUGCUCAUUCGCUAAUAUGAAUUUAUUCCCCAAAUGUAGACAUUUUGGGGUAAAAUAUGUCUGCAUUUGUAGAGAACAAACUUUCAUAUCUGCCCAUUAUCACAGCAUGAAUUAAACUUUGAAUUAUAAUUUUUGAAUUUCUCUCUGUCGUCCUUUCAUUAUUUGAUAAUUUUGAUCAUUUCUUAAAUGCAAUAUUUGUAUAUUUUUGCAUCAGUUAUCUUUGAAUUUUGUUAGUGCAAAAGUUUAUUAUUUCCUUUUGUAUGGUAGAAUUCCUUCAGCUAAUUUAAUCAUUUCUUUUGAGUUGAAUGAAAUUGCGAUUCACACCUCAGUUAUAUGUGUACAAGACAUGUUGAAAUAGUAUAGAGUUACUUUUUGAAAGUCAUUUGUCUACAUGAAAUGUAAUAAUAAUGAUUAAUUUUGAAUGUAUAUUACUGUUUAAUGAAAGUACUGUCAAUGUUGAAUUUUAUGAUAUAUCACAUUUUAACCAGCAGAGCUAUUUCAUAUGUAGUAAAUGUUGAUAAUUUGGUCUUUUAGAGUAUGACACUGCCAAAUGGGUUGCGUUCUUACUUUUAUCCACUUACACGAUAUGGCACCUCUUAGCACCUCCAGAAUUGCGCCAAAGAUUUAUUCAUUUUUUUAAAACCUGUUUUCGUAAAUUCCUGUCCCUCUGUUCUCCAUUUUAGUUCCUGCUCCCCCAUACUUUUUGUUGCUUUCUCCCAGUAAAAUGUUGUGCUUGGAAAUGAGUAGCUGUAUGGGAUCCCGGUACCUGUUUCUAAACUUAUCUAAAGUUGUAUUUGAGGGACAGCAUUAAAGAAUUUAGGAUGAAUGGCUUAUCUGGCAGCAUUAGCUCAUUGAUUGAAUUCACUGCUCUCUUCACUUCGCUAUAGUACAUGUACCUUUUUUGCUACAUUACUGGGUUUCAUUUAGAUCCAUAAAACCAUUCAUAUGGGUUCAUUACAAAAAUACUUUAUUAGCAAGCAAUGUAUGUACUUUAUAAACUAUGUUAGAUCCUGGUGAUAAAAAGUAGAGUCUAUAGUAAUGUUAAAGAAUAUACAAUUUUUCAAUAUUGUAGCACCUGUUGCAAUUCAAAAUUCAAUCACUAGGUGUUUAUGUGCAUAUUAUUUAUGAUUAGAAGUUGUUGUUUUAAUGAUUCAAUGACUAAAUUUGCAACAUCUGCUCACGGUAUGCGUUCUUAUAUAGCACUGUAGAACAUCAAUACAGAAGAAUGCUUUGGGGUUUUUUUUUAAUGGGCAUUCGCAUUUUCUUUGAAGGUUAUGAAUUUGCAUGUAUUUAAACAAGAGAUGAUUAUUGCAAAAUUGAAACAGAACUGCACAAUCAAUGAUACUUUACCUGAUGUAUAUUCCUUGUUCAGAAAGUCUUCCUGGCAUAUGAUUGUUUUUAGAAAUGCUUUAUAUCACAUUCUUUAGUAAAGGUCUGAAUAUAGUAUGUACAAGAUUCAAUGUCGAAGACACGUUUGUUCCAUGUAAUGCAUUCACACAUUUUAUUAUUUAGUUAAUAUAAUUUUCAUUUCUCUUGUGAUGACUCUUAUUUUUGUGUGUGCACCUUCUUGCUGGUAUUGAAAGUUCCAACUUGUUCUCAUUUUUUUUUGGUCCUUGGUCGCUAGUUGAAUGGAUAGAUAAUAAUAACUCCUCCACAUCGUACCCUUGCAAAAGCAAACUGUCAGUGAUUUGUGAAUUUAUGUGAUUAUCCUCCGUGAGUGUGAGUAAACUGAACAAAGAUGUUUUAAGUGCUAGCUGCGUAUUUAUGAAAAAGACAUGUCAAAUCUAUUUGAUUGUAAUGAAUGAUGGGACCCAUCAGCCUUCUAUGCUUUGUACAUGCUCAUGUGUAAAUAUCUUGUAAAUGUGGCAUGUAUGAUGGCACAAAUUACAUGAGGAUAUUGUUAUUACGAAAUACAUCUUUUUAUACUAUUAAAGUACAAUAAAUUUGAGAUGAUUUGUAUUUAAAUUAUCACACUUUUGUACAAGUUUUUAGAAAUGGACAAGCUAAAACCUAUAGAUGUUCUAUAGGAAGAAAAAAAAUCAAUUGGUCAUGAUGCUACACACUUUAUAACUUUAAAACAAUUUUUGAAUUUUUAUUAAUUUUUGUCAAUAAAAUCCCUUCCAUUUUUCCAAAUAUAAUUACCAAAAUACUCCACAAGUUCCUUUGAUUUUUCUCUGUAUGCUAUACUAAAGAUAGAACAGGAAGGAAUGUGAUUUGUAAGAAAGAUCUCUCCCAUCAAUCACUAUAGAGUUACAGACUACUAUUAAUGAAUACUACUCUAGAUAUGAUAUAAUAACUUCAAAUUAUUGAAAACUUUUUAUGAAAGAUACAGUAUACUAUAGAUUUAUUAUUUAACAACAACAGUUACACAAUGAAUAAAUCAAAUCUGGGAGAUAUUCACAGGUUUCAAACAAGCAACACCAGCGCAAAACAUUGCUGUUGAGCUGCAUGUUUCACCUUGUUUACCUGAGUGCUAAAGUAGAAUUAUGGUCAAAUAUGCAAAGGUGAUAAAUGUGAAUUUCAAACUCUUACAAGUACUUUUUAACAUGUGUAUACAUUGUGGCCAUAGGGGUGGCUCUUUUGUACACACAAUUGUAUUGCAUUAUACAAAAUUCAAUAUUAUGAGAAUGCAAUAUCAAGAUGUGGCAUAUGAGUUUAACCAUCCAUUUCUUUGUAAAAUGUUUACUUAACCUAUAUAUAUCUUAUGUGUGAAUAGCUGGAAAAAAGUAACUAUUAUUGUUCUGUCAUCUCAAUCAGUUGUACAUACAAAAAUAUUGCUUUAAUCAAAUUUCUUUCUAAUUAAAAGAAGACAAGUUCUGCCAUAAAA